GAUUUUAGCUUGAAUAUUUAUAGAAAUGCACAAUGUCGGACAACGAAUAUGAGCGCUUUGAAAUAACGGACUAUGAUUUGGACAACGAGUUCAAUAUAAAUCGACCACGCCGUCGUCAAACCAAACAUCAGCAAAUCUACGGCAUUUGGGCCGAUGACAGCGACAAUGAAAGCGAGGGAGAAGCCAGCGGUCGACGUGGCGGUAGGCGUGGCCUGGGCGGCGGCGCUGCCAACAAAGCAAAGGAUUACACGGCUCCCGUCAAUUUCGUUGCUGGCGGCAUUCAACAAGCUGGCAAACAGCCAAAGAAGAAGCAGCUGGAGGAGGGCACAAACAAAGAUGAGGCUCCAGCUGGUGAUUCGGAGGACAGCGACGGCAACGAGGCACGUCCAUCGUUUGGGGGAAAGCAGCCGCAGCUGAUGGACAACAACGAGGAUUACAGCUCGGAUAGCUCCGAUGGUGAAGAGAAUAAGAGGGAGCAGCAGCAGCAGCAGAUGCGGUCCCGGAACAUUGCUGGACUGCGCCACAAAUCGCACAUUGCAAGUGGUCGGAAUGUUGGUGCCUGGGAGCAACAUACGCGUGGCAUUGGCGCCAAGCUGCUGCUGCAGAUGGGCUAUGAGCCGGGCAAGGGAUUGGGAAAGGAUCUGCAGGGCAUCCAGCAGCCGGUGCAGGCGCAUGUGCGCAAGGGAAGAGGUGCCAUUGGUGCUUACGGACCGGAGACGGCGGCCAGCAUUGGCGGCCAGGCAAAACCCCCGAAAGAAGACGACGACAUCAAGGAGGCCAGGGAGUUCAAGGAGCAGCUGACCAAGUGGAAGAAAGUCGGCGUCGAGCCGCGUGAGAAGUCCGGCAAACAGCAGCGCUACUACUAUAAAUCCGUUGAGGAAGUCAUUGCUAAGAGUCUCAAGGACAACCACUUGCUGCCCGUGAAGCUGGCCAAGCAGCUGGGCAAUGUGCCCGUCAUCGACAUGACCGGACCGGAGCGACGCGUCCUCAGUGGCUACCAUGCCUUGGCCCAGAGCAAGAUCACGCCCGAGGAGACGCUCUACGAUGAGCAGAUGCCGUCGGGCGGAGGAAAAAGUUCACCGAUUAGUGUGUUUAGCAUGCCGGAACUGGCGCACAAUAUGUCGCUGCUGGUUAACCAAUGUGAGCAGGAGAUCAUUAACAUCGACAAGGAGAAGCGGGAGGGCCAGGAUCUGCAUGCAGCGCUGGAGCAUGAGCAUCAGCAGCUGCUGGAACUGGUGAGUCUGGAGCGUAAUCACAUGAGCACUUUGGAGCAGGUGCUCGCUCGUGUCGAUCAGCUCAGCGAGAAUCCGGACUUGACCAUGUCACAGGCGGAGGAGCUGUUUCUCGACCUACAGCGCGACUAUCCCGCCGAGUUUGAGGAGUUCGGCAUGGAGGACAUGGCUGGCGGCGUCAUAGCACCAUUGCUGCGCCGGGAACUAGCUGAUUGGCAGCCGCUGGAGAAGCCCAUGCAGCCGGUGGAGAUGAUAAAGCGUUGGCGCAACAUAUUGCAUAAGGAUGAGGAUCAGGCGCCGGUAUCGGUAGAGCAGCUGCAGCUGCGGCAAUCGCGGAACGUUUUCGAUCCAUACUCCUCGCUUAUCUGGGUCGGGGUGAUGCCCUCGAUUCGGACGAGCGCACUCAACUGGCAGCCCAAGGAGCAUGCCGUGAUGGCCGCUUUGCUGGACGCAUGGGCGCCCGUGUUGCCCACGUGGGUGUUGGACUCGGUGCUGGAGAAACUGGUGCUGACUCGGCUGAAGAUUGGCGUCCGCGAUUGGGAUCCGUUGACGGAUACGGUGCCCAUCCACAUUUGGAUUUUGCCCUGGCAUGGACUGCUGGGUGAGAAGUUGGAGGAGUCUGUCUAUCCGCAGAUACGCAGCAAACUGGGUGUGGCAUUGGAGGCUUGGUCACCUCAAGAUCGGUCCGCCCGGGCUAUGCUCACGCCGUGGCAGACGGCAUUUCCCGAGGAACAAUUGCUGCAGUUCCUGCUGCGUCACAUUAUACCCAAGCUGCAGGCGGUGCUCGCCGAGUUCAUCAUCAAUCCGCUGCAGCAGGAUUUGGAGCUGUGGCAUCAGGUGUGGGAAUGGCACGAACUAAUACCCGCCGCCCACAUGGCCCAGCUGCUCGAUAAGUAUUUCUUUCCACGCUGGAUGCAGGUGCUCGUCAUGUGGCUGAAUCAGUCGCCGGACUAUGCCGAAAUCUCACGCUGGUAUGCCGGCUGGAAGAGCAUGUUCAGUGAGGCCAUCUUACGCGAGCCCUGCAUCAAGGAGCAUCUGCGUCGCGCCCUCGACAUGCUGCACCGCGCCACGGAUGCGGUUCUCCAACCCACUUCGGCCCCACCACCGCCCAUGCCACCAGCGCCCGCCCCUGUGUUGCUCGCCCCCGUAAUGCUCAUAGAUGUGGCUCCGCCCGCUCAGCUGGAGUUCAAGGAGCUCGUCUCGCAGAAGUGCGCCGAACUGGGCAUCAUAUUCGCCCCAUUGCCAGGACGACGCGAAUUGGGCAAACAGAUUUAUCGAGUGGGCAAACUAUUCUGUUACAUCGAUCGCAAUGUUUGUAUGCUGAGCGAUAGCAGCUUUCAGAGCUGGCAACCUGUGGCCCUCAAUCAACUCCUGGAGCGUGCACAAACUGGCCUCAUCUAAGUGCUGCAUCCAUGAGAUUGUUCCACCUAGUCGUAACGGCUGUUUAAGACUUAUCAACGCUUGAGCGUUACCAACAAAGUUAAUAUGCUAAAUGUGUGUUUUUAUUUAGACAUAUCUGUAUCUAUAUACAAUAUAUAAUAGAUAGUAAAUAUUGAUAUAGAUUGAUAUAGAUAACUUGGCAGUUAUCAAACAAUAAUAAUUAAUUGUAAUCUACCAAAAUACGAAUAGGAGCUAAUCUAACGUCGCAGUUCUCUGACGAAAUAAUCUAAACAUUUAGAAAUAAAUAUUAUUUUAUUUCUCUAAUUAUAGGUGUAUAAUAUAUGAUAAAAUGAACAGUGGGUCGCCUUCAAAUAGUCCAUGUUCAAAA